UCCUCUCUUUCCAGCCUUCCUCCCCAGCUCCCAAAUCCCCCGUCCCCACUGCCCGUAAAAGGGCUCGUUAGACCUCUCCGUCUCCCCUCCUGCCGAGUAGCCCAAGAUUUCGACACAUCUGCUAGGGGAAUGUCAUCCACUUUUGCCAGGAAUGAGGAGAAAAAGGGCAGCCGGCCAUCCCAACCCACAACCCCUGCAACCUCACUGGGCUGCGAUCUGAAGGUUUCUCGCUCUGAGGAAUUCCUGACACGGAUCAGCACGGAACUCACUGACGAGGCCUUGUUUGUUGCUGCUUGCCACAUGAAUCCUGUGUCCAUCAAGGAAAAACAGACACAAGACCGAGGGACUCAGAUAUACAAACACGUGUUCUUCACCAAGACCCGAGGCACUGAUACCCGCUCAGACAGAAACCGUACCCGCACGAAGGCACAUCUCCUGCCAUCCCCUCGUGAGAAGGGAGCUCUGCCUAGCAACUUGACGUCUGGAGGAUGAUCCCAACUUUGGUGCUGCUCUUGGCCUCUUGUGCCCUCCCCUGACUCUGUCUCUCUGCAACAUGUCAAAGCUCCUCUUUCACCGCUCAUUCAACAGUUCGGUUCUGGGGGCGUUCCUGGUCGUGAGCAACAUCACCCCUGAAGCCUCCAAAGUGUUCCGGAACCAUCAGACACCUUGCCACCCUCAACUGGCAGGGACACCACCAGCAAUGAAAAGCUUUAAUAAAGAGACAGAGAUCCUUCCCUCCUCUCAA